AUGAAUGGAAUUGGAAGUGGAAGGUUUAGUAAUAUGGAGAUGGAAUAUAUAAGAAGACAUCACCGGCACCAGCCUGGAAACAAUCAGUGUGGUUCUGCUCUUGUUAAGCAUAUAAGAGCACCGGUUCCUCAGGUAUGGUCUUUGGUUAGAAGGUUUGAUCAGCCCCAAAAGUAUAAACCAUUUGUAAGCAGAUGUGUUGUAAGGGGAAACCUUGAGAUUGGAAGUUUACGAGAAGUUGAUGUUAAGUCGGGCCUUCCGGCUACCACAAGUACAGAAAGGUUGGAGCUUCUUGAUGACAAUGAGCAUGUUCUAAGCAUCAAGAUUAUCGGCGGUGAUCAUAGGCUUACGAACUACUCGUCGGUGGUGUCUCUCCACCCGGAAAUUAUUGAUGGAAGGCCGGGUACGCUAGUAAUUGAAUCUUUUGUGGUGGAUAUACCUGACGGAAACACUAAGGAUGAGACUUGCUACUUUGUUGAAGCUGUUAUUAAGUGCAAUCUUAAAUCACUUGCGGAUGUCUCAGAAGGGAUUGCUUUGCAAGACCGCACUGAACAAAUUGAUCGGAUUUAG